AUGGCAACUGUCGAGGUUGGGACCCGUACAAAGGAAGAGCUCACUCUGUCGCGAGAGAGAGUCGAGCCUGGCUCCUUCAACAUCCCUCUUGGCACUUUCCCACAAACAUGCUCUGAGACCCCCGAGGACCCUGACAGAAUUGCGACCUCUGUGAUCGAUCAACUAAACAGUGCGCUCGGGGGCAAGCAUACCAACACUUUGUCGGAGCUUUUUAUCGAAAAUAGCUACUGGCGUGACCACCUGUGCUUCUCCUGGGACUUCCGGACUCUCAAGGGCCGCGAUGCAAUCGUUAAAUUUGUGACCGGAAGCUCCUCUGCUAUCAAGUUCGAGAUUGAUCGCUCGUCCGCUUUUAAAGCACCGCAUAAUGGCCCUAUUGAUGCAUAUGGCGAGGUCCAUGGCAUUGAAUUCUUUGUCAUUGUUACUUCCAAUGUUGGACACGGUCAGGGCGUUAUCAGAUUGGCCCAGCAGGGAACCGAGUGGAAGAUAUUCACCGUAUUCACAUCACUGGAGGGGUUGACUGGCCAUAGCGAAGCUGUCAACAGCAGCAGACCUGCUGGUGUGCAGCACGGGGGCCAAGUAGGAAGGACGAACUGGAAAGAGCGUCGCAUUAUAGACGAAAAUUUCGAGGAAAAGCAGCCCUCCGUAUUGGUGGUUGUGACCAAAGGGGCUGGUCAAGGAGGUCUCACCAUCGCAGCACGCCUGAAGAUGCUCAACAUCGAUACAUUGGUCAUUGACCACGAAGAUCGAAUUGGAGACAGCUGGCGCCACAGAUAUCACCAGCUCGUCCUCCACGACCCAGUCUGGUUCGAUCACAUGCCUUACAUUCCAUUCCCUCCCACUUGGCCGAUUUUCACGCCAAAAGACAAGCUGGCUGAUUUUUUCGAGUCCUACGUCAAACUCCUGGAGCUUAAUGUCUGGACUCGGACUGAGUUGAAGUCGUCUUCCUGGGAUGACACUCAGAGAGAAUGGACCGUCGUGCUUGAGCGGAAAAAGGAAGACGGCACCACCGAGACUCGCACGCUACACCCACACCAUGUUAUACAGGCGACUGGGCACUCGGGCAAAAAGAACGCCCCUACCUUCAAAGGAACGGAGAAUUUCAAGGGCGAUCGCAUCUGCCACAGCUCCGAAUUCCCCGGUGCAAGCACAAAGUCAGCUGGCAAGAAAGCUAUCGUGAUCGGGUCCUGCAACUCCGGACACGACAUCGCCCAAGAUUUCUUCGAAAAAGGAUACCAAGUAACAAUGGUUCAGCGGAGCUCUACCUGUGUUGUCUCUUCCGAAUCCAUAACAGACAUCAGCCUGAAAGGCCUGUAUGAAGAAAACGGACCCCCGACCGAGGAGGCGGACCUGUACCUGUGGAGCAUCCCCCUUGAACUAUUCAAAACCCAACAGAUCAAGGUUACGAGAGCCAUGAACCAGAACGACGAAAAAGAUUAUCGAGGGCCUGGAGAAAGCAGGCGCGGAGGUGGCUAUUAUAUUGACAUGGGCGCGAGUCAGCUUAUCAUUGACGGAAAGAUCAAGGGUGAUGAGAUUGUUUUUGCGACAGGUUAUCAGAAUAUGAGGACGCAGGCAAGGCUCAUCUUUGGCGAUGAGGUUGCUGAUCGUGUUGGCGAUGUCUGGGGCCUGGACGCGGAAGGGGAGAUGCGUACAAUCUGGCGCAGGAGUGGUCAUCCCGGGUUUUGGUUUAUGGGCGGAAAUCUUGCGCUCUGUAGGUACUAUUCUCGGCUGCUGGCGUUACAGAUCAAGGCGCUGGAGGUGGGUGCUGCGAAGUAUUAG